GCGUGCAUUUCUCAAAAAGCUUUCAUAUCGAUCAAUAGAGAGGAAACUCUCUGGACAACUGAAAAGUCACGAAAAUCUCACUGUUAUUUUCACAUAAUUUCUUCUUUUGGAAUCACUGAAAGAUCAGCACGUUGUCUUCCAAAUAUGCACGAUAAUAACACUGUUUGGGGAAAAGAUACGUCCCCUACAGACUCAUAAAACAGCUGAGAGGCAAAGCAAGAAGAUACAUGCUGUCAGCUGUGGAGGGAAGUAGCGACCUGGCUUUGGUUGGAGUUUCACAAUCCCUUUACUUCAGCACCGGCGGGGAUGGACAGCGCCUCUGGACACAGCUGUAGCCAUCCAGGCAGAUCUACAUUGACUAUUCUCUUGCUGCGGUUGCUGCUGUUGCUGCUACAGACUCCUGGGCUCCUCAGUCCUUACUGCUAAAAGGCGGUGCUCCAGGAGACCACCCCCAUCCCGCUCCCACUUUUUUUUUUGACGGACAAAAAAGUAGCCCUCCCCAUAACCCUGGUGCAACUACCUAAAGGGUGGUGGAGUUAGCUUGCUUGUGAGUUUAAGCUCUCUGAAGAAACUUCAAGACUAACCUUUUGUACAGGGAUUGGAGGGGAAGGUAAAAAAAAAAAGAGAGAGAGAGAGAGAGAGGAGAGGAAGUUCCUGGAAGCUUUGAAAAACUAUGGGCUCUGUGGUUGGGGUAGAGAUACCGGAAGGUCUAAAAUUUUCGAAAUAAACAAGAUGUUCCUGCGUGGAUUUCAAGUAUUUUGGAAUUAUCUUUUGGAGACAAGAAUCUAGAGAUCCACAGGACACGUUAGAGACACUGAAAGUCCUUCUGAUUCCAGCACAUUGGCAAUGUUUCAGAUUUCAUGAGCUGGGAAUGGUGCGUGGUGAAGAGAUGUUCAGAAAAUUCCUAGACUCCUGGGACGUAGAAAAAUAAGUCAAGAACUCCAUUAUCAGAAUUGGAGAACACAGGAGCAAAGUAUAAGCAUUGAAAUUGGAGACAGAAAAUCUGUCAUCUUUUCCUGGCUCUUCCAUUGACUGGCACAUGCUCCUGGAUGAGAAAACUGAGGCCUAAAGAAUUAAGAUGAUUUGACCAGGAUCAUACAGCUGCUAAUACCUUUACUGUGCCAUAGCACAUGGAUUUCAGGACUAGCUGUGAAGAGACAAAGACAGGAAUUUGUUUGCUGCAGGAUGGUAAUCAGGAGCCUUUCAAAGUGCGACUGCACCUAGCCAAAGAUAUUUUGAUGAUCCAGGAGCAGGAUGUGAUAUGUGUGUCUGGCGAGCCUUUCUAUUCUGGUGAAAGAACGGUGACCAUUAGAAGACAAACUGUAGGAGGAUUUGGAUUAAGCAUAAAGGGAGGAGCAGAACAUAACAUUCCAGUUGUAAUUUCAAAAAUUUCCAAAGAACAAAGAGCUGAACUUUCAGGACUGCUCUUCAUAGGGGAUGCCAUUCUGCAGAUUAAUGGAAUUAAUGUGAGAAAAUGCAGACAUGAAGAAGUGGUUCAGGUUCUUCGGAAUGCAGGUGAAGAAGUUACCCUAACUGUGUCGUUCCUAAAAAGAGCACCUGCUUUCCUCAAACUGUUGCUGAAUGAAGAUUGUGCCUGUGCUCCAAGUGACCAGAGCAGUGGCACAUCUUCCCCCCUUUGUGACAGUGGCUUGCAUCUCAACUACCAUCCUACCAAUACGGAUACAUUAUCGUGUUCAUCAUGGCCAACUUCACCAGGUCUGAGAUGGGAAAAGAGAUGGUGUGACCUUCGAUUAAUCCCCUUACUUCAUUCACGUUUCUCCCAAUAUCUCCCUGGAUCAGAUUUGUGUCGGCAGAAUGCAUUUCAAGUUAUUGCUGUGGAUGGGGUUUGCAGUGGAAUUAUUCAGUGUCUCUCUGCUGAAGACUGCAUUGAUUGGCUACAAGCAAUAGCAACAAAUAUUUCAAACCUCACAAAGCACAAUAUUAAAAAAAUCAAUAGGAACUUCCCUGUAAACCAGCAGAUAGUCUACAUGGGCUGGACUGAAGAACGAGAACAAGAUUCCCUUCAAGAUCGGAAGUACACACCAAAGUUUUUAGCACUGAGAGGUUCUUCUCUUUAUAAGUUUCUGGCACCUCCAGUAACUACUUGGGACUGGACACGAGCAGAAAAAACAUUCUCAGUUUAUGAGAUUAUGUUUAAAAUCUUCAAGGACAGUGAUCUAUUGGACCGUCGGAAACACUGCUUUGGAGUCCAAUCAGAAACCGGAGAGGACCUCUACUUUUCAGUGGAGUUAGAGUGUGACCUAGCCCAAUGGGAGAAAGCCUUUCAAACGGCAACUUUUUUAGAAGUUGAAAGGAUACAGUGCAAGACCUAUGCCUGUGUACUGGAAAGUCAUCUAAUGGGACUAACUAUUGACUUUAGUAUGGGAUUUGUCUGCUUUGAUGCUGCAACAAAGGCUGUACUUUGGAGAUACAAGUUUUCUCAGCUUAAAGGUUCUUCAGAUGAUGGCAAAAGCAAAAUCAAAUUUUUGUUUCAGAAUCCAGAUACUAAGCAGAUUGAAGCAAAGGAGCUGGAGUUUUCCAAUCUGUUUGCUGUUCUCCACUGUAUCCAUUCCUUCUUUGCUGCCAAAGUGGCUUGUUUGGACCCUCUAUAUUUAGGCAAUCAGGCCUCUGCCUCUGCUUCUACUUCUGCCUCAUCUGCUGCUACUGGCAAAGUAAAAUAUACAACCUGACACCCCACACUUCAUACUGCCACAAAUACAUAAACUGUGCGUAUAAAUAUUCAUCGCUACUAGUCCCUGGAAAAACCACAAAUUCACCAAUUCAAGAGACAAGUCUAUAUUGCAAUUUCAGCAGAAAGAAAUGCCACAAUGGAUCAUGAACUCCUCUCAGUUCUGCAAGACAUCUGUAAAUAAUCCUAGCUGAAAACCAACUAUAGGAUGGAUAUGCUUUUACUAUGAUUUGUACCAACAUACUGCUUCAAGCAAAAAGUAGAGACAAAAGAUUAAUGAUAUGAAGAAACACAAAUAUCCAAUAAAAUUUUCAACUGCCCAUAAGAAACUACAAAUGGAAUGGUCAUUUUCUUCUUUCCAGGUUAUUUUCUAUGAUAAUGUGCUAGGCCCUGAGCCUGAACUAAUACCACAACUAUGUAUUAUAAGUGACAUAAAGCAAGCAAGAGACAGACCCCUGUGGCCAUCAGGAGACUAGCAUGAAAGACAUCUGUCUAAGUACCUCCUCAAGGAAGAAAGCACUUUAAUACACAUGAUAAUUUUUUACCUGUGCUCCCUCUCCAUAGUGUAUGUAUCACUGUCAUUCUGCUCUCAUUGCAUUUUAUCUUUAGUCAUCUGUAAUCCAACUGUAAAGGGAUAACCAUGCUGGCUCAUCCUAGACAAAAUGUGAAAAUGGCCUCCUUUCAUCUGGGAUCACUGCUUUACUAACUUUCCAGGCAUAGGCCUUAAUUGCCAAUUAAAAAUGAAAACCACCUGUUAUUUAAUUAUGACUGAUGCAAUUGAGUUUGGUAGCUCUUUUAUUUCUAUCUUCAUUGUGUUUUAAGUGUGUUUUAAAUCUAAUGUGCUUUAUUGACCUAACAGAAACACUCCUAUUGUCUGUGUCCUAACAAAUUUUUCAUUAGGAAAUAUGCUAGAAGACAUGAGAGAGAAUAAAUGAAGGAAGUAUCUGUUACUCAGUGUCUAUUAUUAGCCAAUCAGGUAUUCAAAUUCCCUUAGAAAGUCAAGGUCAAGGAUUUGUUAGCUCAAUGGCAUUGGUACUUUAAAAUACCACUGUUAAAGGAAAAUGACAUUGCAGUCUCUGGAGAUUGCACCUUGCUCAUAGUGCACGAAUUUAUUGUGUCUUCUUGAUGUUUUGACUCAUGAUGAAUGUAAAAUGGAGAAGCUAUAAAUUUGGAAUCGUCCAUGCCUCUUCCACUGGUUAGACUCCAAAGAUACACUACUUGAAUACCCUGGGCCGUGGUCUUGGCCCUAAGAUAAGGCUUUAAUGGGAGCUUCAUAUAUAUAUUCAAGCCCCACUCCCAUUUUUUCACAUUAAUUUUGCACUAACACAAAUUUUUGAAUGUGACCAAAUAUUUGGUAUUCACUUUGUGUGUGACCUAAUAUUUAAAAAAAAGAUGAAAAGUCUUUUCUUUAAAGCAAGAGUUGAUCCCUUAAAAGAGAACUAUUAUUUAUAAAGAGAGCACAUAGAAGUUAUGUUCACAUUCUAUUGUUUCCAUAGAUUUUAUGAAUGAGUAACCAGACAAAUUUUUUACUCCUUAAUUGUCAUUAAAUGUGUUGAAGGGAAAACAUUUCUAAAGAUCAAGAAGAACCACAUAAGAAAGUGAUAUUUUUCCAGUUUUAAAGCAUUUGCUUGUAACUCAUUUAUUGUAGGAUGCUAUUAAAUCUAACAGCCAGUCGUUACUUACUAGGUAGGGGAGAGCUUUGCUUCUGGUUUUUUAAUAUAGUUUAUAACCACUCUGCCUUAGCUCUUUGAAGGUUUGAGUCUAAUAACAUUAUUCUGAGUGUGUUUGGAAUGUAUGUUGUAAUUAAUGUGUGGUCAAAAUGUUCUGAGUCUUGAAGAACUUAUUUUAUGAAAAUAUUUGCCAAAUGUGUGGUUAUUGUGUCUCAUACACAUGUAAGAUGUGCAAAUUUAACUUUCCCAUGUAUUCAUGAGAAAGCAUACAUUCCAAAGGUUCUAAAUGUGAAAUUAUUUAGCUUAAGGAAAUUUUAGUUGGAAACAUCUUUUUAGUUACUAAAAAUAACUAACACUAUUUAACAAUCCAAUUUUAACUUAUCAGGAUUUCUUUUAUUUAUAUUAGCACCUGUAUUUCUAGGAUUAAUUCUGAUUGACCAUAACAUUUAAAUUAUAUAACAAAUGUUCAUACUGUCAGGUGGAUGUUGAGGGGCAAAAUAUGCAUAGUAUAACCAUUUGGGAAUUAUGUUAGUUAAUUAAAUUUCAUCAGGUAGCUAGCUGAGUAAUGAUUUGCUUAUUUGAUCUUAUCAACUAAAAUAUUUAAUUAUAGAUAUCUUUAUCUUAUUUUUUUGGUAUUAGGAUAUAAAAUCAGUUUACAAUUCAAAAUCCAUUUGAAUUAUGGGUGGCCAGCUUGGAAAAUUUUGUGAACUUGGCCUUAGGAAGAAGUGAUGAUUUCAGGUUGAAAAGAUGAUAUAGAAAUAUGGCUAUAUUUAUUAAAAUAUUUUUCCAUCUGCAAACUCAGAAUGAUAUGUUGUAACUCAAAUAUAGUGGUACUAUUUGAUACAGAACAUUUAAAAGUCUUAAAUACCAAUAUUAAUAUUAAAUAUUUUUUCAAAUUAUUUAAAACUAUGGUCUAGAAAAGUUACUUUUUUCUUCCAAGAGAAUAAGUAAUUAAAAUUAAAAUUCUAUAGUAGGAAAAAUAAUUUUGUAAGGUAUUAUUCAUCCCCUACUCUAAUGUAAAAAAAAAUUAAGUACUUAAUUGUCAUUAGGGCUAUUGUUUUUUUUUUGUUUGUUUGUUUGUUUUUGGAGGGGAUGGGUCAUUUGUUUUGAGUGUGGUAGUACACUGACAAGUUUUUUUUUUUUUUUUACUAAUUAUGUUGGGAUCCAACUUGAAAAACAAAACCAAAUUGAAUAUGUUAGUAUUCAUAUAAAUAGGGUCAGACUCUUCAUUUGCAUAAUUCAGUAGAAUGUUUUCUCUAAAUCUAGGAGCUAUAAGAUGUGGGGUUUUUGAAUUCCCAGAUAAUUUUCAUCAUGGAGAGUAUUGGAAUCCCUACAAAAUAUCAAGAACCAUUCAUAUUUUUUUAGUGUGAGUAUAUAUAUAUAUAUAUAUACAUAUAUAUAUAUAUGUCAGAAAUUGCUAAAUUUUAAAAAUCAGUUUGAUUUACUAUUUUAUUGAUUAAAAAUCAAUGGAGAUAUUAAUAAUUCAGAUUAAAUUUCAGUGCUCUUUGUACUUUAUUUUUUUUGAUACAUUGUAGUCAAACAUUUACCAACAAACCAGUGUAAUGAAAUUCUUAUUAAUAGAAGCUUUAGGAUGUCGGUGUAUGACAAGUAGAGAAGGGACUAUUUUAUGUUUCAAUUGGUCAUAUGAGUUAGCUCAUAACCACUAUUGAUGGGCAAUCUGGAUCCCAGUCACUGGGAUCUAGUAUACUUCACUAAAAGCUCUCUAACCCCUUUGCAACUGAUAGUACUGUUAUCUCCAUGUUCCUGCUGUUUGCUUCCUCUAACAAGCCAAUUUUAUAUAAACAUGAAUGAAGUCUACAUAGACAUAAUUUUUAGAGGCCCAAUUACGGACAACUAGGUGGUAUGAGAAUGUGUUUUGGAGUAGAGUAGAAGUCCAACAUUGACUUUUAGACAGUGAUUCUGCUCUAUUCCCACUACUUCUAACCAUUGUGGAAUUCUCCAAGUAUAUCCACCAUUAAACAGAAUGAAAGGUCUACUAUGAGGAAUAAAGAAUUAUUCCUAAAAGGAGUAAAAUAAAAUCCAUUGUAAUGCUAAAUACAAUUCCCAUAUAAUACACUAAUAAUUUGAAAACGAAUUUGGAAUAUCAAUAUUAACCUUUUAAAAUUGUAACUAAAGAGAAAGAAAUGAAUGGACAAUUCAUUUUGAAACUUGCUAGAUCCUGGCUUUUUUCCUAGUCUUUUACUAAGAUAAAGAAAUUUGUUUGUCUCCCAUAAUAUAUAAAAUGGUGAUUAAACAAGAAAAAUAUUACCUAUAAAUUCUAAGCUAUUAAUAUACAUGUAUAUCAUGGGCAUAAAUACUUUCUAAAUUUAGACUAUGUUCUAGUUUAAGUUAAAAUUCAUGUCAUUAUCAAUAGUUAUACUAAUGCUUUAAUAAGAAUGAUGAAGCUCAAUUAAUAUUUUACAUGAUUACCUUAGCAACAUGCUAAUUAAAAUAUAUUUUAAUUCUAUUCAUCAAUUAAUAGCUUUAUUUUGUUUUUGCUAUAUAACUAAUAAAUACUGUUUAUUAUUGUUCAAAUUAUAUGAAUGAGAAUUCUUAGAAAUGGUGAAAUAGUGGUCAAGUAAACUAUAUUCCCAUAUGAUUUAGGUUAAGCUGCAUGAAAUUUAUUCAUCACAAUCCCUAGAAACAUCUAUAGUUGUAUAUAAAAAUACAACACUUGAAUGGCAAAAUCUUCAGGCACCUAAUCACACAUUAUAAAUGUUAACCCCUUCAGUGCCUUGGUGUUGUUGGUUUUUUUUUUUUUCAUUAUAAAAAUCCUUUUAGUCCUGUUCCCUGUACAAUAAUGUACAUACUGCAGAGUAAAAAAGGAUAUUUUACAGCAUUAUCUAGCAUAGAAGGGGUUAAAGUAUUGCUUAAUACUUUUAUUUAUAUUUGUAAAAUGUUUGAUUUACUCUUCACGAUGACACUUCCAUUUUAUUUUUGACAUGUCUUUGGUUGUAGGAUAUUUUUUUAAAAUGUCAUUUAAUUUGCUAUGUUAUCAGACAGUAUUUAGUUUUUUUGGGAAAGUUAAUAGCUAAGAGAAAACAAGAAAAUACAAACUAGGUAUUACCAUCAAAGUGUCUUGUCAAAUCUUUUAUUAGGGAAAAAUAAAACUUUUCCUACUCAGUUUCAUGUUUUCUAAAUUUACUUAUGAUAUGUUAAAACUCCCAAUUAAUUCCCUCCUUCCUUCCUUCCCUUCCCUCAUUAGAGAAGGCAUUGAUUGACAAAAAAUAUUGAAAAUUAUGCCUUGUUUUAUUUAUCAGUUCUUUCUCUGGAGGGGGACAAACACAAGACACUCUUCAGAGAACAUUUCUGUUACUGUAUAUAAUGUUUUGUUGCUUCUGCUCAUUUCACUUUUCAUAGUUUCAAGUAGGUCUCUCCAUGUUUUUUUUUUCAAAAUUAACCUGUUUGUCAUUUCUUACCACACAGUAAUAUUCCAUCACAAUUAUGUGCCACAACUUUUUUAGCCAUUUCACAAUUGAUGGACAUCCCUUCAAUUUCCAGUUCUUUGCUACCACAAAGAGAAUAAUUUAAAAAAUUUUGAAUAUGUGGUUUCUUUUCCUUUUUUUCUGAGCAUUUUAGGAAAUAAACCUAAUAGCUCUAUUGCUAAGUCAAAAGUUAUACAUAGUUUUAUAACUCUUUGAACAUAAUUCCAAAUUGCUGUGCAAGAUGGUUGAGUCAGUUCACCAUUCUGCUAACAGUAGAUUACUGUCCCCGUUUUCCCACAUCCCCUCCAACAUUUGUCAUUUUUAUCUUUUAUCAUUUUAACUAAUCUGCUCACAUUUCAGAGAUAUUCCUAACUUUGAAUUUGAAAAUGUUUGCCCACUGGAUUUUCAUUCAGCAACAACUUGAAAAUCUGCAUUGAUUCCUUGCUAGCAAUGUCAGGAGAGAGGUAUACUAUAGUGUUUUUAGUUCUUAUACAAACCUUCCUUUACUAUGCUAUAACAUAAAGAUCAAAUACUAACAUUUCAAAGAAUCCCACACUUCACUGGCCUUGAGAAAAGUCAUGAUCAUGAAUGAAUUGGGUCUACUAUUAGAAAACAGAAGGCUGAAGAAGCUUAAAAAGCACAAGGGGAGUCUUGUGUUUCUUUAAGGUAAGUAUAAAUAUGUCCAUAGUUAAGAACCACUGCCCCUAAUUUCCUAUGAACAUCACUGUACUUAAUAGACCUUCUUAAAGGAAUUGCUAUUUCAUAUCUCCAAAAUCUUGGCUUUUUGAUUUCUUUUUAUUCUUGAAAAAAAUUUCAAACAUACUAUCAUUUAUUUGCACAUUAAAUUUGUUUUUGAGAAUAAAUUUUAAAAGUGUUCUAUAUUUUAUAAAUAUGAAAAAUUGCAAUGAUUAUAGAAAGUUAAACUAUAAAAAUAUUUAUUUCAUUUUUAAUUGUUUUGGUGGAUGUUUGUAAAAUGUAAAUUAAUAUUUGUGACAGUCACUUAGAUGUUUAAGUUCAUUAAUGUACUACUAAUUAACUGUACUUUUGUAAUGGAGCAUACUGAAAAAUAGAAAAUAAAUAAUUUUUACUA